ACUUACAAGUAGAGAGUAGAAUAGUUACAAGUGAGCUCCAGUCCGCUGCAGUCUGCUGUGCUGGUAACUUUUGGGAACAUCUUGUUUUUCCCUUCAAACACUUGAAGGAGAAUAAGAAUCAAUUAUGGAGGAAGAAAAUCCAGAACCAGGGCCAUCGAAUUGGAGACGCAGGCAUAACCAAAACAUCAGGAAUAUAAACGGGAAACCUGUACUCGUUCAAAAUAUUAACACGUAUCCAAGGAUCCAGCCCGCUCGAAUUCAGCCAAACCAACAGAAUAAAGGACAGAGAAUGUUUAGCUCUAGAGGAGCCACCGGUCCUAACAGAUGUCAAAAGCCAAGAUCAAAUUAUGGAGUCAUUCAACCCAUACGUCAAUCGGGAGAAGAAAAAAGUAGAGAUUAUAAGCAAAGGACCAAGUACAUUCCAUUUAAAACAUUAGAAGAUAUCGCAAGAGGCGAUGCACAAGAUGCACUUCAAAAAAUUAAUAACCGAAGAGAAGCUUUCAUGAACAUUGUAGGGUCACCUAUAGACAAGCAUGAUAUAUUUGUGUUGGUCAUCGAAAUAUUAUCCAAAGUAUCCUCUUCGCCUUUCGUAGAGUUGAAAUGCAAAUUGAUUUUGGACGUCUGUAAUUCUGAUUUUAUUCCUAACUUAAGGAACUAUUUAACGGAUUUACCCUACGUAAACAACAAAAAAAAUAACAAUUUAUACUGGAAUGAUCAAGACACAUUUUGGAAAAACUUCAUAACUUUUUUUGGGGAGCUGGUUACAAUAGCUCCAUCUGUUGCUUCAAAAAAAUGUAGGGCUCUUAUUGACAGCGUAUCUAAGACGUGUCUAGAGUUUUUAAAUCAAAAUCAUGCAUUUGAAUUAUCACAGGAGUAUACAUUGAAACUGGAUGAAAUACGUAAUGAAAUGACAACUUUCAGUAAUAAAUAUCAGGCUCAAGUCGAUAGCUACAGAAAUAGAGGCGAACAUAUUAAUCAGGACAUGCCGCCGCCAGAAAACUUCCGUAUACUAAGCAUUGUGCCUACUCGCGACGAUUUAAUGGAUUCGACGCCUUUUGUACGCCCUAAUAUUGUACAGGGCGCAUAUAAUGACGUGGAGCAUUAUCUAGACGUCCAGUUUCGACUGCUGAGGGAAGACUGCUUUGGACCCAUAAGAGACGGCAUAAAACAGUUUUUGAGAGAACCGAAUAAAAGAAAAUAUGAUAAUGUACGAAUUUUCCACAACGUCAAAUUUAUUUGCCCCUAUGUCGCCAAUUUGAAAAUGGGAGCCGUCGUGCAAAUUGAUUUGAAAAGUAACAGACAUUUUAAAAAGAUUAAUUGGGCCCACAAUAAGCGGUUUCUCUUUGGGUCGCUCGUGUUAUUCACCAAAGAUAACUGUAAAAGUUUUAUUGCUGCUACAAUAGUAGAUCGUGAUGUCAAUCUUCUUUCCAAUGGAAAGCUACCUGUUGCAUUAAUUUACACACGCAUGGAUAAUAGUAUCUACAAGUUAGACACAUACACUAUGAUUGAGAGCGAAGUAUAUUUUGAACCUUACUACCGAGUACUAAAAGCAAUGCAAGAUUCUUCAUUUCCAAGACAUUUGGUUAUGCACCAGUACAUUGUCAAACUUGAUCCUGAAAUAAAACAUCCGCAGUAUUUGACUCCUAAUCAAGAAUUUAAUAUUAGGGAUAUUAUUCAAAAUGACAACAUUUUAGAUUACGGUGAAUUUCCCGUUACUUUCAAAGUUUUGCAGCCAGACACGUGGCCUACGAAAGAGGAAUUAAAAUUUAAUGAAAGUCAGUAUGAAGCGUAUCGUUUGGCUCUCACUCACGAAUUUGCCGUUAUACAAGGUCCACCGGGCACGGGAAAAACGUUCAUAGGUAUACAAGUAGCUAAAGCACUGUUGCAAAACUUGGAAUCAGAAAACGGUCUCUUGUUGAUUAUAUGUUAUACCAAUCAUGCACUAGAUCAAUUUCUUGAAGCGAUAUCUAAAAUAACCAAAUCAAUAGUUCGCAUCGGUAGUCAAUCUCGCAAUAAGGCUAUGGAGGAAUUCAGUAUUAUGACACUACGAAAAAAUCAUAUGUCAAAUACAAAGUACUUUAACGAACAAAGAUUUAUUUUGGUGAAAUCAAUGAAUGCUCUACAGGAAGCCUUGCUGGAGCUAGAUGUUAUAAAUAACGGAGUGGUUAGUUAUAGUUCUCUACUAUAUCAUGUUCCUGAAUUACGUUAUCUCAGACUAUAUUAUAUGAAAAAUAAGAUUCACGUCAAAGACCCGUUAAACCAUUGGUUAUUUGAAAACUAUAAUUUAGCGUAUACAACGAAUUUCGAGGAAUGUUUACUGGAAUAUGAAGCCAUGACAAACGAUGAAAAUGAAGAUGAUAGAAAACGAAAUGAAGUUGUAUUGGAUGAUCUUUCAACGGCAGAUAAAAAAGUGAAAAUGGAUAAUUAUGCGUCAUUUUCUGUCUCUGAAACUAAGAAACAGAUUCGGAAAUUAAUUUAUGAAUACAACAAGAAAAUAAAUGACAAUGAAAAGCAACUUUUACAACUCUCUAUACAGCUUCUUCAUUCUCAGAUACUUUUAUAUUCUGACAUGGCGGCCAAUCGGCACAUCAACGUAACAUUUCGUAUUAGUUCGACAACGAAUUUUUCUGCGAUUCCCAUGCGACAUCGAUGGUCUACGUAUUUCACGUGGGUGAGAAAAAUAUUGAAUCAGGUGCAAGAACAGGUCCAGACCUUAGAGGCGGAAAUACCACCAAUGCUUGAAGCCUACGAGGAAACAAGGUUAAUGAUGGAUGCCGAAAUAAUGAAAAGAAUGGAUGUCAAAGUGGUAGGAAUGACGACGAGCGGAGCUGCCAAAAUGCGGAAACUGCUGUCAGCGGUCGCCCCGAAAAUUGUUAUAGUAGAAGAAGCGGCAGAAGUUUUGGAACAGCACAUAAUUACGGCGCUGACAAGAGACUGCCAACACCUAAUCCUCAUUGGUGACCAUCAACAGUUGCGGCCUUCGGCAUCUCACAUUAAGCUAGCCAGGCAUUACGGGAUUGAAGUGUCUCUGUUUGAGCGCAUGAUAACAAACGGUAUCCAUAGCCGGCGGCUGAACGUGCAGCACCGGAUGCGUCCGGAGAUAGCCGCACUCAUAGCACCAAACAUAUAUUCUGAUUUAGCGAAUCACCCAUCCGUCGAAAGGUUUGAUAACAUACUCGGUAUGGAAAAGAACCUCUACUUCUUCACGCAUAAUUUUAAAGAGGAGGAAUCGUCUGAUAGUAACAGCCGUUCUAAUAGCACAGAAGCUGACAUGACGCUUGCUCUAGCGAAUUAUAUCAUUCUACAAGGGUACAAACCAGAAGACGUCACCAUACUUGCUGCAUAUUCAGGACAAAUGUUUUAUAUGAAACAAGAACGUUAUAAAUAUAUAUCUUUAUCACAAGUGAAAAUAACCCUAGUCGACAAUUACCAAGGGGAGGAGUCCAAAAUUAUUAUCUUGUCUCUAGUGCGGAACAAUUCUGAGAAUAAGAUUGGAUUUCUUGGGACGGAGAAUAGAAUUUGCGUCGCAUUAUCGCGAGCUCAGGAAGGCUUCUAUAUUUUUGGUAAUAUCGACAUGUUGAAAGAAAAAUCGGAACUUUGGAAAAAAAUUGCGGUUACUUUAGAAAAUAAUGGUUCGUUAGGAGACACGUUGACGGUAAAGUGUCAAAAUCAUCCGGAACAAGUGAGGACGCUAACUACUCCAGAGGAUUUCAAUGGCUUACCUCCGGAAGGAGGAUGUUAUGAGAAAUGUACUCACCAAUAUGUCUGUGGGCACGUAUGCCAGUUGUACUGUCAUGGCUAUGACCGUCAACAUCUUGCAUUGCAGUGUUCUCAAAAAUGUGAAAGAAUAAUAUGCGAGCUUGGACACGUUUGUCCUAUGAUGUGUCGAGAACAAUGUGAACCAUGCAAGGUAAAAGUGUUGAAGACCCUCCCCUGUGGUCAUGAUAUGCACGUGGACUGCUACCGUGAGCCCGAUGAUCCCGAUAACAAGUGUACGGCUUCAGUAGACGUCACUCUACCAAACUGUGGGCACAAGGCGCAAAAACCCUGCUCUGAAGAUAUCAAUAAAGCGAUAUGUCAUGAACCGUGUAUAUACCGUCUAGAAGAAUGUGGCCACGUCUGCCGUAGAAAAUGCCAUGUGACUGAUGAUCCUGAUCAUGAAAACUAUAAAUGUAAUAAACCAUGCGCUCGAGCCAAAAAUGGAUGUUCGGCGAAUUUAAUAGGAGACCGUGGAGAGCACCAAUGUCCAAAGGAAUGUUACAUGAAGUGCGAUGAUUGCCAUGUACAGGUUUCGAAGAAACGUACAACGUGCAAGCACAUUGAGUCUACGGCAUGCAAUAAGAACAUCGACGAGAUUCCUUGUAAGAGGAAAUGCGCACGAAUUAUGAGUUGCGGCCAUUAUUGUAAAUUGAAAUGUUUUGAAAACUGCGGAAAUUGUACACAAAUGGUUAAAAAAGUUAUACCUGAAUGUAAUCACACCAUCAAAAUAGAAUGUAUGAAGACGCCAACUAGAAUUAACUGUCAGCAGAAAUGUACCCGAAUUCUUUCAUGUGGACAUCCCUGCAAGGCAAUGUGUCGGAUAGAUUGUGAUCAGAGUCACUGUACAGAGCCGUCAUCGUGCGAGGUAAAAUCUCCUUGCGGCCAUUUCGUGACGCUGCCGUGCAAUAUAUUAGCCUCGUAUAAAAAAGGUGAGGUGGAGGCUGAGCGGCUGCUGGAGUACUGCGGUGCGGCGUGCGGCGCGCGGCUCGCGUGCGGCCACGAGUGCGGCGGCUCGUGCGCGCGCUGCCGCCAGGGCCGCCUGCACGAGCCCUGCAACAAAACUUGUCACCGAAUUAAUAUUUGCGGACACCAGUGUCAGGAGCCAUGUAACCAGAUUUGCCCACCAUGCAAAAUGAAAUGUGAAGUGAAAUGCCCACAUUCGCACUGCAAGCAGCUAUGCUGCGAACCUUGUGUACCCUGCCAGGAGCCGUGUUCGCGGCGCUGCCCGCACGGCGCGUGCUCGCGGCGCUGCGGCGAGGCGUGCUCGCGCGCGGCGUGCGGCGUGGCGUGCGCGCGGCAGCUGGCGUGCGGCCACGCCUGCCGCGGCCUGUGCGGCGAGCCCUGCCCGCCCGCCUGCCGCCUCUGCAGCCCCGACACCUACCCCAAGGACUUCCGCGGUGAACCCUACGACGAUGACGAGAAGCUGAUUCUUCUAGAAGACUGCGGACAUGUGUUUUCCAUAGAAGAGACGGAUGGGUGGAUAUACCACGGGCCGGAGACAUUGGAGAUUCGUACUUGCCAGAAGUGUCGGACACCUAUAAUUAAUACUUACAGAUAUAAGGAUUUAGUAAAUGACAAGUUUAAGAAUGAAAUCAACCCAAUAAAGAUAAAGGUAUUUGGAACAAAGGACAUUAUUCAAAGAAAGAGAGAGGAAUUGAAGCAUAAAAUGACCGACUUUAUUUCAAAAUACCCAGAUGUUUUGAAAGAAAAUAGAGCGUUGAAAAAUACUUUUACGAAUUUCCAGUCUGCUGUUACUCGAAAGAAAGAAUUCGUUCUGCAUAUUGAGAUGCAAUUAAGGUACUUGGAAGUUUUUGAAAUGAUCGUAGAAUGUUGGGCAAAAUAUCAGACAAAAGCAAAAACCCAUAAUUUACCGUUCGGAGAAAAAUUACAGAAAUACACUCUAACGUUGCUCGAUAAGCUAAAGGUUAAUACCAAAUUCGCUAUGAAGUUGAGUGAACAACAACAGAAGGAUAUUGGUAAUGAGAUAAAACGUCUUUAUGCAAUCAUACAAUUCGCUGAAAUGUUUGUUAUGGCGAAACCAUUUUUGAAAGAAGAUGCAAGAGUUACUAUGCAAAUUGAAAAAACUGAAACAGCUGUGUUUACACUGUCAAUAUUUAAUGAGGAUAAAACUUUCGAGUGCCUCAAAGAAUUACAAAAAAUUGUUAAUACUAGCGGCAUUGCAACUAAAUAUGAGCGCCAAAUGAUAGUUAAAGCAAUGAAUUUGAACAGUGGACACUGGUAUAAGUGUCCAAAUGGUCACUUUUACUGUAUUGGUGAUUGCGGUGGAGCUAUGGAAGUGGGAACUUGUCCAGAAUGUCAGGCGAAAAUCGGAGGCACAAGUCACCGCCUCCUUAGUGACAACGCUCAUGCUCCUGAAAUGGACGGCUCUCAAUAUCCUGCAUGGUCGGAACAAAAUAAUUUAAAUAACUAUGCAAAUCUGUAGUGGAUUAUAUUACAUUAUACUAUCAAUAUUAUAUUUUUAUGUAAACGGUUGCAUUGCAUGUUGUUAUGGUCGUUUAAGUUUUAAGGAAAGAAUAAUUUAAGAAAACCAACGAUUGGCUAUUAAGACGUAAUUAAAUUACCUUAUGUGAUGUGAGCGACUCAUUUUAAAAUAAGAUUGAUAACACCUACAUAUUAUUAGUUAACUUUUAUACAGACUUUCGGCAACGAAGAGUUCUUUGUUUAUAGUAAUUGUUAUGACGACUAAGCCCCUUUAGGAUUCGUAGUAUAUAAGACGGCACAAAUAGCCGAGUGUACACUUAUGCCGCGAGUCUGCAUGACUUAAUAUGUUGGGAGCGAUUCACGCUUAGGCCUAGUACCUACAGCAUAAAUACUAAACAAAUUGAGUUCGAGUGCGCAUGACGUGAUUUUAAUGAUAAAUAAUAAAUUUCAUUACACAGAGAAUAACUAUAAGUAAUUACAUUUUUCUUUUUUGUGAAGUUCAUGCACUUACAUUUAGAAAUGCUUAGUGUUAGUUUAUUUGUAGUACAAUUCUUCGAUAAUCUGUUUCAAUCGUCCUGCUGAAGGUCACUAUCAUUAGGUGUUUUAAUAGUCCUGAAAAUUUGAAACUUUUUUUUUUUAAUUUUAAUUUUACUUUAAAAAAAAUAUGAAUAGUUUUGUAUUUAAUGAAUAAUAAAAAUUGAAUUAGGUUAUAAUGUGUGACACCAAAAGCGAUAAAUACAUAGAAAAAAAAAUAUUGUAUCCCUUAUAUCUUAAAAAAUAUCUAGCUUUGUUUAACAUUACUCAGGUAAGUUUAAAUUAGGGCUACCGCUCAUAUGACACAAAAAAGUUUUAUUUCUCUUCUGCUUUUACAAAUAGAUUUUGCAGGUAUUAACCGUGAGUGUUCCGCCCAGUACCCAAUUAUUCUUUUAGAAAAAUUCUUAGGAGGAUACGAAGCGUCAUUUUAAUCCUUUUUCCACUCAUUUAUCGGCCAUUGUAAAUAGCGGAAUUGGGGCCUCUUAUCAAAAGUUAUCAAAACUGUCCAACUGUCUGAUGAAUGAUUCGGUGACAAAUCAAAUGGAUAUUUUCUCUGUCUACGCAUGGACAGGACGUUUUGUUUUCUAUGAGCGUUCGCAAAUGAUACCAUUUCCUUUUUUUAUUAAGUGCGUUUUAUAAAGCUAUUUUAAGCACCUAGGUACGUGGUUUCUUUUUCGCCAAUGCUUGUUUUAUUAAGAAUAUUAGUUACUUUUGUUUCCUUAAAGAUAGUUAAUAAAGAUAUUUAUAACCGGGAA